AUGACCAUGGACAGUUUUCCGCCAGAAGUUCAGUGCAUUUUGGCACUUACUUCUGCCUGUCUUAGUGCUGCAAAGAUCACUCAAAGGGCCAUAAAGCUGAUGGAGCUGCAUGGCUUUGCCAAUUCACCACUGGCCUCACUACGUACUCCUCCAGUUCCUCCUACGUUGCCAGUGCUCUGGACGGCAAGUCGUGUUCACGAAGAUCGACCUGGUCCAUGUCUUCCAUCAGAUCCCUAUAGCUCCAAAGGACACUUCGAAUUCUGCCGCCGCAAUCCAUUUGGUCUCCCUGAGUUCCUGUGCAUGCCGUUGGGAGUCCGUAACCUUAAGUUAAAAUCUGCCGUAUCGUGCUACAGCACAUUUGGACAGGAGCUUCUGCCUGUCUACCUCGCUGUGAAACACUUCCGGAACUUCCUUGAAGGCAAAGACUGCACUGUGUCCUCUGACCAAAAGGUCCUUUACUUCGCUUUCAAGUCAAAUACCGGCAAAUUAAACCCCCAGGAGAUUCGCAAAGUGGACUAUAUUUCUCAGUUCAUCCGAUGUAUACACCACAUCGACAGGUCACGCAAUGAGAUAGCUCAUGAACUGUUAAGGCCCCCAUUUGUUCAUCUGCAACUCUUUCCCUAA